UCUGGAGUAAGGUCUGAGCAUCUGCAAGUGCCAGACCUGGUCCAACAGCUCUGUGUGAUCCCCUUUGACUUUUCUCACUACUUUAUUUCUGGUCAUCCUACGACUGUUUUCACCUGCCUGUACAAAUAUUCCCUAGCUGACCACAGGAUAUUCAAGAUAAAACUGGGGAUGUCUAGCAAAUUGAAUUCAAAAGAAGUUUUCAUUUUGUUCUACUGUUGCAUCCCUCCUCUGCCUGUCCCUCUCCUCUUAGCCCAAUCCCCACCAGUGAGGGUGGUAGUGCGGCCGUGUUCUCUCCAGAGUCAUGGUGACAGCAAGCAAGCUCUGCAGCUCAUCGAAAUUAUUUUAUGGAGAAGACUAUCACCUCCUGCAUCACUUUUGAUUCUUGUUAUGCAACCAUAUUUUUUGACUGGCUUUGCUACUGAGCUGUGCUGCACCAUGGCCUGAGGGGGUAGCUUGAGAAGAAUUUUGGGAACAUUGCAUGAUUUUUGCCUCCACCUGAGGAUGAUGAGAGUCUGGGAAAAAGAGAACCUGUCAUAAUCUGUGGUUUUGAGACUGGGGAAAAAGGGAAACAAAGGGGAUUUGCCAAGCCCAGGAGUCUGUAUCCUAAGUGAGCAGGGAGCCUGAGGCAGAUAGAUCAGAGUGUCAUUAUUUAUGAACACUCACAGAUGUAGAAUUGGAAAUGAGCAAGAGUUCAAAGGGAGAUACGGGUUUUUUAGUACAGCAGCUGGGAUGAAAACUGAUGGUGCCACAGCAGCAUGGGCAAAGCAGUCAUCCCUGGGCCAGGCACAUAGGGCCUCCCUGGGCAGGAAGGGUUGUUCUUCAAGUGCUGUGAGCCCUGAGAGCUGGGCUGGGGACUGGCAUUUGCGAGCUUACUCCUGUUCUGUCACUCUCUUUUAUGAGAUUGGGCAACUUUCUUUCCAUGUGGGUAAAUUGAGGCACUGAACAAGUAAAGCUGACACUUGGCAAGGAGGUUAAGAGUGUUGGUACUGUAACUUGAAGUGGAGUUAAAUUACAAUAAUGAAACCCAGUGCAAACUAAAAACAUGAUAAAUUUGUGUUCUUCCAAAGCACAAAAGAGCAUUAUCAUCCUCUUUGCAUGUCAGUGAAUUUCUCCAAAAACCUCCCUCCCCUUUCUUCAAGUGGUCUACAGAUGGAGCAGUCUGUGCUGCUGACCUGGUUGUUCUUCACUCAUGAGAGCUCCAGGGAUGGUCUCGCAGGAAUCCAAGAGCAGCUCAGAAAAGAGCUGAACUGCCAGGUUAGGUACAUGGAGCCAAGGGAGCUGGGAACCACCGCAGGAAACCCUCAGACCUCAGAGCAUUGCAGUGCUCAACCUCUUGCUGAGAUUCUCAUGCUUGAAGGCUCACAAAACAUUUGGAACAAGAAAAGAGGUUUUCUUGUUUGCUUCCUUGAACUUGAAAUCCUCUCUGGACUCGACUUGUGCUCUCAGCACCUCGGUUCUGUGACAGCAGGAGGAACUCUGACAGCCACAUAACUGCAAGGGAGAAGCUGCUUUGCACACAGGCAAGAGCACUGUCUCUUCCAAACCCUCGCUCUUUUCAAUCCUUUGAAUGGUGGUUUGAACAUUUCUUAUCCCUGAGCUCUCCCUGUCUCCCAUCUCAAGUCCCUCCUUGCAGCUCUUUCUUCCUGUGCUGGGAGACCUGUGCUGUCACAGGGGGGAAAUACUGGUUUUUUUAAGAGAGUGGAGAUGUAUGGGUGCCAGAAGGCAGCAAAGGGAUGGAUUCACUAUUCAGUCAGGAGAGAUUGGGAAACUGCUCCUGAAAGUAUCCUGCCCAGAAGGAGUUGUUGCUGGCGGGCAGGGAAGAGUUCUUGGACUCUACUAUGUGUCAUACCCAUGUGGGGAUUGGGUACCAACAGGUGGGUGGGAUAUGGCCAGGCCAUUGCCCCUUUCAUCAGCUGAGGCACUCCUAUUUUCCAUGGAAGGAAUGCAAAUCAGUCUCAGCCCUGUCACUGCUGCCCUUGUAUCUGAUCUGUUCUGACACUUGUGCCCUGUCUGUGAGUGUUCAGCUGCUACCUGCAGCACAGAGGGAAGGUGAAGGGAAUAAUUUUGGACAGGAGCCACUGUUUUCUUUUGCCAUCACAGCUUCACUGCUAUUGUCUGAGACACCCUUUCUAUCAGGAACAAUGGCUGAACCUGUACAUCGUUGUUGCCCUGGGAUAGGGUAGCUGAUAUGGUGCCCUUUGUGGAUGGGAGCAAGGGUGUCCCACAUCCCAACAAAUCUGCGGGAACUUACCACUCUUAACUGCGACUUGCUUUUGUGGAGUUUCUCUUCCUUCACUAUUAGCCAGCUCUGAAUGUAUUCAAAAUGUUCUUAGGCAAAUAAUCAGCCUUGGUUGCUGCUUUGACUGCAUAUAUGUGCUUCAACUCUGCUCCUCAGCAUCCUGUGGCCUGGGGUGACUCUCCACGCUCCUUUCCAGUACCCUGGCACCACACCACUGCCUGUCUGUUCUCCCCUUUAUUGUUAGCAGGGCUGAACCGUCCAGCCAGGCCCUGUGAAGCUGCACGUCUGCGUGCCUGUGACAGCGGCUGAAAUGUCACAGUACCUUGUGCAGAUGACCAAGGAUGACACUUCAUGCUCCUUGCUGGCUCGCUCCUGCAGCCGCAGGAUAGCUAAAGGUUAAUGUUUGCGGUGUCGCUGCCGGGCUCUUCUCCGCCCUGCCCGGAUUAACCCUGUAUCUCCCAGCUGCCUUUCCGGGCUCCUUGCCGCUUCAGCGGUGAUCAUGGCAGUGACUUGUCAUCAGCCCGCGGUGUGAAUAUGCCCUUUGAAACCACACAGUCGAGAUGCUGUUUUAGCUGACUCCUUAGUCCCAUCAGUUCUGACUCGAGUGCCCAAUUUUAGGACAGGGUUCAUCAGCUUCCUUUAACGCACGUGGAGCUUUUCCUGCGCAGCAUCUUGUCUGGUCUGUGCUGAGAACGCGAGGUCUCAAUAUCCUGAGAAAACAGGUGAUUUAUUCUGGCACUUGCAGAGCUAUCUCGGGUGGCUUCCUGCUGUCACUGCAGUCGGUGCUGUCACUCCAGCUCUAUAAGAGAAAGGCCCCUAGGAGACAAGCUGGGGCUCAACGUAACAUUGAGCCUUUGAACUUGUCUCCUCCCAGGGAAUGUUUUCAAUUCUCCCACAAGAAGAGCCUCCUUUCUGCCUACACUUAGUCAAUGUGCCUCUGGGAUGGGUUGGAGGCUUCUGUCUUUUCUCCUGAUUACCAGAAAUAAGUCUGAUGUACAGAAGCAGAACUUGUCAUAAGAUCAGCACAAUUGUCAUUUUGGUGCAGACUGUGAUGGUUUCAGUAAUAGCUGCACUUUUGUGUUGCUCUCUUCCUUCUGAAAACCUUAACUUUCCUGACUUCCCUUGUGCUGCCUGGGACCUCAUUUGCCAUUUCUUGCUUUGAUUCCUCUGUUCUGCGUAAAUCCUGCGGCCAAAUUAAGCCGUGUCUGAACAGCAAAGAGAGUCUGUGCGUCCUGAACACAUUUGACAAAGAUGUCAUGUCUUCUCAUCUGUUAUUAACAACUUUGCCUGCUUCAGCUGGCAUGAUUAGCCUUAAAUUAGACAUGUACCUUGCAGUGUCUAGACUGCAUCUGCCUGUGGAGACAGCAGGUGGCUGUGUGGCAAUCCAGGGUCUCAGUGGAAGUGGCCAAAAGCAAGAGGAUGCUGUGGAGCAUCGCUGAGGCCCUUCCAGGCAAAGUUACGCUCAGAGGGAGCUGUGCUGAUGGUGAGCGAAGGUGGCCAGGUCCCGGUGGUCUCCUUGCUGGCACGGCUCCGCCGUGCUGCUUCACUUGUAAAAUCAGGACGACGGAAAAUGUCAACCGUGAACCAGCUGAAGUUUCUGCUCUGCCCCGCGGGCCCGGGAUAGGGAAGUUUGGGCAUUUCGAAUUUCUUUCUUCUUCCUUCCAUCCCUCCUUCCUUCCUUCUCCCGAGUGAGAAAUACUCGGUGAGAUCUUCCCCGCCGGGCCGGGGCGGCGGCGGGUGGAGCGGAGCGGCGCGGGGCUCGGCGGUGCCGGCGGGCGGAGCGCGGGUGCGGCCGUGCCGGGGGGCGCGGGGGCAGCGAGGGGCGGGCGGCCGCGGCUCGCCGGUGCGAGCGGCCGGAGCCGCGGUACCAGCGCCUCGCCUCGGGCGGCCGGGGCAGGGACCCCCCCGCCAUGGAGAGCGGGAUGCCGCUGUCGGGCGGGCAGCGAGCGCUGAUCCGGGAGAGCUGGCAGCGGGUGAGCGGCAGCCCCGUGCAGCACGGCCUCGUCCUCUUCACCAGGCUGUUUGACUUGGAUCCUGACCUGCUGCCCCUUUUCCAGUACAACUGCAAGCAGUUUGCCAGCCCUCAGGAGUGCCUGUCUGCCCCUGAGUUCCUGGAUCACAUCAGGAAGGUGAUGCUGGUGAUUGAUGCUGCUGUGAGCCACCUGGAGAACUUAUCCUGCCUGGAAGAGUAUCUCUGCAACCUUGGCAAGAAGCACCAGGCAGUUGGUGUGAAGGUUGAGUCUUUCUCGACUGUCGGCGAGUCCUUGCUGUACAUGCUGGAGAAAUGCCUCGGUGCUGCCUUCAGCCCAGAGGUGCAGGAAGCUUGGAGCAAACUCUACAAUGCUGUGGUGAAAGCCAUGCAACGUGGCUGGGAGACCCUCCCAGAAGGGGACUAGGUCCUGCCAGCCAUCCCUCUCCCUGACCAUGCAGCAGUCCUGAGCACGGGGAGUCUCACGCCACACUCGCUGCCUCUCCCCACCUCUGUGUUUCUGUGUGCACCAGCCCAUGGCUGCCUCUGCCACUCACACGUGCUGUGGGGCUCUCAUGUGCUUCCAUCCUGCUUCAACAUGAGCGUGUCUCUGCCUUCGCUAAGGGCUGGCAGGGCACGUCCCUGCAGCAAAGCCUGGCAGUGCCUUUACCUGCCAGGUCUGACACUGCUCAGUCCUCCUGUGCUGUUCUACCUGGUUCAGCUGUGGUGGUGACAGAUUUAGCUCCAUCCAGGUCAAAAAGCAGCAAGAGAGCAAGGCUGGUCACACCUUGUGGCUGUCCUCAAACCUUGAAGAGAGUUUUCCCCCUCUCCAUCAAUAUAUCACUACCACAUGGUUAAUCCUGGUGCUCUUUUCUUCCUUGCCUCUGACCUGGAUGGGAUCCCUGGCUUUUCCCUGUGUCAGGUUGGCCACAACCCAGUAGGUUUCCUAGGCAUGCUUCAGGCAAUGAUGUCACAUUAAUCCCAAGGUGAGACUACUUUUGGCAGGGUUGGGCUGCCAGCUGAAAGGCUUUGUGUUGAUUUGGCCGGCUGGUUUAACCUUAGAGCCAUCUGAAAUGCAGCAGCAGCAGCAACAGCAGUGUCUGUUUACUGCUUUGUGUUAAGCAAAGUAAAAUAAAUCCAAGGAAAAGAUGUCUUUAAAAUGAAGGUUGCAAUCGUGUCAUAGCAACAGCUUCCAGAAAUUCUGGCUCUUGGCCAGAGGAAGCAUAGCUGGAAUCUUUCUGCUGAUGCUGUCAGAAUCUGGAACGCUUCCCAGCUGCUCACAGUGCCCAUCUGCAGAGUUCCUCACCCUCACAGGAAUGAGGAGAUAGCAUCUGCUAGAAGAAAUCCUAGAAAACUGCUGAGAGGCAGCACCUGAGGGCUCUGUGAAGGGGCUGAAGCACGUUGAGGAAGAGUUCCUCUUUAUGGGGAAGUCACUGUGGAACAAGCAGAACAAUGUUUCUUGCCACCAUUAGCCCCAGAGAAGGACAUGGAGCAAUUAUUCAGUUACAGGCAGCACCUUUUUUUCUUUUUUUGCUUAUUCUUCAGGACAGGAGGAUCCUAGUGUUGAGGUCUGAGAUGGUCCUGUUCUGAAGACACAUUCCUCCUAUUCUCAGAUGUCCUCCACUCUGGGGCAGGAGAAGGCUUCCUGCUUAAUGUAGCUGAGGUCUCUUAGGCCCCUGCCAUCGAGGGGAUAAUGGGGCACCCUGUAACACGGGUCUCUAGUGACCUGCCACCAGGCCUGAUGGUAGCCAUGGGCUACCAUCAAAAAGCCCUCCAGCUGUGUUUGGGAGGGAAGCUAAUAGGUGUUGUGAAACAGGCAGUGAACAUCCUCAGGUUCCUUGUCCUCCUCCCCAUGGUACCAUGUUCUGCAUCUGCAGCCCUGCAGUGUGGUGGUGUCCCUCCUGGCCCAUGGCUCUCUCCAUCAGCUGGGUCAGGAAGUCCUCCCCAUUCUUGCACCCAGCAGUGAGGGAUGGAGGAGCUGGGGCUGGGGCAAGACACUUGCUUUGAUGGCACAGUAUGGGGCACAAGGGUUUGGGAAUGUCCUCUUUGCAACCCUGUUUUGGGGCAUCAGCCUUCAGCAUCAUGGGACACCUCCUGGCUCCAUGUGACAAGUAGGCAGCUGUGUCAUGGGUGGGGUGUAGGUGUUACUACCCAAACCAUCCCUGCUCCUUCUAGCUUUCCCAGCUCCUUGACUUUCCCAGCUCCUUGACUUCUGCUCUUCUGUGCCACAUUUUCUGUAACUCCCGAGAGAACUGGUCUGUGUGCCUCUUAUACCCAGCUGUACUGUUUAUUAAAAAACAACAGUGAGUCUUCGC